CCAAUCAUCGGCAGCGGGAUAUGGCUCAGCACCAGGGCCAACUACACCGACUGCCUCAAAUUCCUCCGGUGGCCCAUCAUCGUCAUCGGCGUCUGCAUCAUGGUCGUCUCCCUCGGCGGGUUCGCCGACACCUACUACCGGAACACCAUGCUGAUGUGGGUCUACCUCUUCGUCAUGUUCUUCGUCCUCACCGCCCUCGUCGGCUUCAUCAUCUUCGCCUACGCCGUCACAGACAAGGGCUCCGGCCGGUCGCUGCUGAACAGGGCCUACUUCGAUUACUACCUCCAGGACUACUCCGGCUGGCUGGAGGAGAGGGUCACCAGCGACAGCUACUGGGGCAAGAUUGCGUCCUCUGUAAGAGAUUCUAAGGCAUGUGCGAAGAUGGGCGUCACCGUUAAUGGCGUCCCUGAAACUUCUGAUAUGUUCUACCGCCGGCGGCUUAACUCCAUCCAGGUAAUUAACUUCCUUCUUCCUUCCUCUGCUUCUUUUUUCCUUUUUUUGUCUGCACAUAAGGUGGUUCAGUAA